AUGGUUGUGGUAAGUGGCAGUGUAAAAGUGGAGGAUUUGACCAGUGGAUCGUCCGAUUAUGCGGCCAAUUCAUGGGUUUCUUGGUUCUUGUCCACAAAGGGAAACGAGUACUUCUGUGAAGUGGAUGAAGAUUAUAUACUGGACAGGUUCAACUUGACAGGUUUGAAUGCAGAAGUACAACACUACCCACAAGCAUUGGAUCUGGUCACAGAUGCUCUUGAGGAUGAACUGGAAGACGAGGAAAGAGAUCUAAUCGAAGCACAAGCAAGGCUACUGUAUGGAUUGGUGCAUGCUCGAUACAUCGUCACCACUCGUGGACUGGCAAAGAUGCUGGAAAAGUAUAAAAGAGCCGAAUUUGGACGAUGCCCGAGAGUGCUGUGCUAUCAGCAAACGCUUCUACCUGUCGGAUUAUCCGAUCUACCGUUCCAGAAAGCUGUCAAGCUAUUCUGUCCUCGAUGCGAGGAUAUCUAUAGUCCUAAGAGUAGCCGACAUGGAACGAUCGAUGGAGCUUUCUUCGGUACAACAUUCCCUCAUAUGCUUUUUAUGGUAUACCCUCACAUGCUACCGUCUAAAUCUCCAACAUCACAAUCGCCUUUUCUACUAACUUCAUCACGCGGAACAGAAGGAAGCGGAGCACAGGCAACACCUGCUCAUCUUGCCGGCUUAGAAGGAGAAGAAGGUGAUUCACCAUUAUCCGCAAUGUCUCCUGCGAUCGGAGCAGGUGUAGGAAUUGGAGGAAAUUCCGCCGGCGGAACAGGACAAGGACCGGCAGCAGCACCUGGAGGAUCAACAGCAACAGCAGCGGCAAAAGUUGAACGUUAUCGACCAAGAAUAUUUGGUUUCCCUACACAUGAAACGGCAAAAUUACAUAGAUGGCAAGAAAAACAAAGAGAUGCACAAAUUGAACGAUUGGAAAGAGCAGAAGCUGGUGCUUCGAUUACCGUUGCUCCUGAUGCGGGAGUUGGAGCAGGUGCACGAACAGGAUUGGGAGGAUUAGAUUGAUGAAAAAUCAAAGAUCGGAGUUUGUACAAAUUUGUCAAUUUACUAGAGUUUUCGUGUUUGUGUAUUCGGUGUACAAUGAUCAUUGGUUCUCGCUAUGGAAGGAGUGCGGUUUGGAGUGGGGAUGUGGAUGGAGUGGUUCGAUAAGAGUGUAUAUUUAAACAUUGUACUUAAUGUUGUCAGAAUAAAAGGUGAAAAAUAGAUGAUUCAUCAUGGUAGGUUUACACAUUGUGUCCAUGGCGAUGAAUUUGAAGAUCAAGG